AUGGCGAAUAAUCCUCCCCAGUCCUCUGGUGCCCAGUUUCGGCCGAUGGUUCCUGGGCAACAACAGGCUCAGCAUUUUGUCCCUACAGCUUCACAGCCUUAUCAUCCCUAUGGACAUGUACCUCCAAAUGUUGGGAUGCCAGGGGCUCCCCAGUAUUCUCAGCCGAUACAGCAGCUCUUUCCAGUGAGACCAGGUCAGCCCGGGCAUAUUCCAUCAUCAUCACAGGCUGUAUCAGUGCCAUAUAUUCAAACGAACAAGAUCCUCACAUCUGGAUCUACUCAACCACAGCCAAAUGCACCUACAGUGACAGGCUUUGCUCCACCUGGUCCUCCGUUUUCUUCCUCAUAUACGUUUGUACCAUCAUCUUAUGGUCAGCAACAACCACCACCCUUGGUCCAACCAACUUCGCAGAUGCAUGCAGCCGGUGUCUCUCCUGCUGCAAACUCUAGGGCUGUUCCUGUAAAUCAAAUGGAGCAGACUGGACAACAAACACCAGUCGCAGUUUCCACAGAUCAAGGAAGCCUGACUCCGCAAUCUGCAUCUGAUUGGCAGCAGCAUACAUCUGCUGAUGGGAGAGAGUAUUAUUAUAACAAGCGGACUAAACAGUCAAGUUGGGAAAAACCUCUUGAACUGAUGACACCACUUGAGAGGGCUGAUGCAUCAACUGUAUGGAAGGAAUUUACAACAGCUGAAGGAAGGAAAUAUUAUUAUAACAAGGUUACAAAGGAGUCUAAGUGGACAAUUCCAGAUGAUUUGAAGUUAGCUCGGGAACAAGCUCAGCUAGCUAGUGCAAAGAAGCCCCUCUCAGAAGCUGGAUCUAAGUCUCCGUCCCAUAUUGUUGCAUCCUCAUCUGAUCUAGCGGCUAGCACCGUUGUGACCUCUGUUGUUCCCAGCACUUCUUCAACAUUUCCUGGGCAGUCUUCAAGCCCUAUUCCAGCAGGUUUGGCUGUACCUGUUGCUCCUGUUACUCCAACGUCUGCUGCAACUAGUGAUACUGAGGCUACUGCAAUGAAAGCGGAUAAUUUACCGUCUCAGGGGACAGAUCAUUCAAAUGAUGGAGCUACAGCACAAAACAACAAGGUUGAGAAUAAGGAAAUGCUGGUGAACGGAAAAGCCAAUCUGACACCUGCUGGUGAGGAGCCCAUGGUAUAUGCAACUAAGCAGGAGGCCAAAGCUGCUUUCAAGUCUCUUUUGGAAUCUGUUAAUGUUCAUUCCGACUGGACAUGGGAACAGGCAACGAAAGAGAUUGUUAAUGACAAAAGAUAUGGUGCUUUGAGGACACUCGGUGAGCGGAAACAAGCUUUUAACGAGUAUCUUGGUCAAAGAAAAAAAGUUGAAGCUGAGGAAAGGCGAAGGAGACAGAAGAAAGCUCGGGAAGAAUUUGUCAAGAUGCUGGAGGAGUGUGAAGAACUUUCGUCAUCCAUGAAAUGGAGCAAAGCGAUGAAUUUGUUUGAAAAUGAUGAGCGCUUUAAAGAUGUUGAACGUCCAAGGGAUCGUGAAGAUCUAUUUGACAAUUACAUUGUGGAACUUGGGAGGAAGGAAAGAGAAAAGGCAGUGGAGGAACAUCGGCAAAAUAUGGCAGAAUAUCGGAAGUUUCUUGAAACUUGUGACUAUAUCAAAGUUGGUUCCCAAUGGCGCAAAAUUCAAGAUAGAUUGGAAGAUGAUGAAAGAUGCUCAUGUCUUGAAAAGAUAGAUCGUCUGAUUGGUUUUGAGGAAUACAUUCUUGACCUAGAGAAGGAAGAAGAAGAGCUGAGGAGGGUAGAGAAAGAACAUGUAAGGCGGGCUGAGAGAAAAAACCGUGAUGCAUUUCGUACACUAUUGGAAGAACAUGUUGCUGCUGGCAUCCUUACUGCCAAGACGUACUGGAGGGAUUAUUGCAUUGAGUUAAAAGACUUGCCCCAAUACCAAGCUGUUGCAUCUAAUACAUCUGGCUCAACUCCAAAAGACUUGUUUGAAGAUAUCACAGAAGAAUUAGAGAAACAGUAUCAUGAGGAUAAGAGUCGCGUAAAAGAUGCUAUGAAGUUACGGAAGGUCUCCAUGGUCUCCUCGUGGAUGCUUGAAGAUUUUAAAUCUGCUGUUUCAGAAGAUCUCAGUCCUCAACCAAUAUCAGACAUAAAUUUGAAGCUUGUAUAUGAUGACUUGCUUGAGAGAGUGAAGGAAAAAGAAGAAAAGGAGGCCAGAAAGCUUCAGCGUCUGGCUGAAGAAUUUACCAAUCUGUUGCACACUUUCAAGGAAAUAAACGCAGCUUCAAAUUGGGACGACUUCAAACAACAAAUUGAAGAAAGUCAAGAGUUCAGAUCAAUUGGAGAUGAAAGUGUCCCUAAGACGAUAUUGUUAUGGACUUCUCAGAGUAGAAAAGAGAAGGAAAGGGAGGAGAAAGAGAAGCGAAAAGAAAAGGAGAAGGAGAGAAGGGAAAAGGAAAGAGAACGUGAAAAAGAGAGGGGGAAAGAGAGGAGUAAAAGGGAAGAAUCAGAUGGUGAGGUGAGUGAAGGUCAUAAAGAGGAGAAAAGAAAAGGAAAAGAUCGAGAGAGAAAACAUAGGAGACGGCACCACAAUUCUGACGAAGAUGUCAGUUCUGAUAGGGAUGACAGAGAAGAGUCAAAGAAGUCCCGUAAACAUGGUAAUGAUCGCAAAAAAUCAAGAAAGCAUGCAAUUUCCCCUGAAUCAGAGAGUGAAAGUCGGCAUAAAAGACAGAAGAAGGAGCAUCGUGAGAGUAGUCGGCGAAGUGGAAAUGAGGAGCUAGAGGAUGGAGAGGUUGGGGAGGAUGGGGAAAUCCGACUUUAA